AUGAGCAUUACCAUUCUCAACGAACCCCAGCUUCCCGCCGACGUCUACGACAUUCUAAUGUCACAAAGAACAACGAAUGUGGCUAUCACAGACGCUGAACACCAUCGUAACGACGUUUAUGGAGAGAAAGGAACGGUCCAGAAUGAGCAGAAUCACAUUCUAAACUGUGGAGAAGAGGCCAAGUGUUUUACGAAGAAAGUAGCAAUAGUGACAGAAAAGAAACGAAAUCGAACGUUUCUCACAUUCAUCCGGCUGCUAUCGGCUGCUGUGAUGUCCGAGGAUGUUUCUUAUGUGAUUGUAAAAUAUGAUUACCUGGCACAAGAAGAUCAGGAGCUUACAAUUAAGAAGAAUGAGCGUCUUCGGCUUAUCGACGACAGCAAGAACUGGUGGAAGGUGAUCAACGACUCCAACAACGUUGGGUUUGUGCCGUCCAAUUACGUGCGUCGUGAGUCAUUGGUGGAUAAAGCCAAGGGGACGAUCAAAGGAUUCACGAAGAGUCGUCCAAGAGCACCUGAGUUUGAUCCAGACAAAUCCCCGUCAGCGUCUGUGGGGGCUGUUGAUCCUCGUUUCGGUUACAGCGGAAACAACAAUCAAAUCAGAAACGGCCAAGCAACAUCGUCGGAUACAGUGAAAGUAGGUGGCAUGAGUUCUCGGGCAAAUGUAAAGUUCUCAUACGAUCCUCGAUUGGAGGAUGAACUCAAGUUGGUGAAAGGCGACACUAUUACUGUGUUGGAUAAAAGCAGCGAUGGAUGGUGGAAAGGAGAGAGUGAUGGGCGAACUGGAUGGUUUCCGUCGAAUUACGUGGAGGAAAUUCUGGAACCUCAACCCAGUGGAAAUGGUAAUGACGGAACAAAUGGAUGUUCCAUACUCGGACGACCUGCCCCAGUUACAGUAUCACCUGCAGCAUCAGCACAGAAUAAGUCCGUAUUAGAAUGCGUCAAGGCGCUGUAUUCUUUUGAUGCUUCUACAGUGGAGGAAUUGUCCUUCAGAAAAGGCGAGCUUUUGGACAUUAUUGACCAUCCGGCGCACGAUCCCGACUGGUGGAUGGCUCGGAAUUCAGUUGGACAACAAGGUCUUGUUCCGAAAAACUAUAUUGAGGUUGUUGGUGCAGGUAACUCUUGUGCUGGAGUAGGCAUGGAACGGGAGCCGUGGUUCUUUGGUCGAAUAAGUCGAGAUGAAGCCGAUCGUCUUCUUGCGAAUGGAAGGGAAGGCGAAUUUCUUGUGAGAGACAGCGAAAGCAAUCCUGGCGACCUUUCGAUAUCAAUGCGUGGUGUGGAACGCAAUAAACAUUUCAAAGUGCAAACAAUUGGCGGACAGUUACACAUUGGUUCGAGAGCAUUCCCAUCAAUGGCUUCCCUGAUCCAACACUAUACUGCACACCCCAUUUUCUCAUCAGGCACGGAGAAACUCUAUCUGACGCGACCACUUGCCAAGUAAAGUUCGAUGUUGUCCUCAUCUUUCCUAAGUCUGUAAAAACCGUUUGACUUUCAUUUAUGUGUGCUCCAUCGCUACCUGCCCUGUGCUAUAAAUUUAUAUAGGUAGGGUGAUUAUUGAUGUUAUUGUCAUAUAUGUACGCGCUGACAUGCAAUUCCGGUUGAUUUCUUUUCCCUUCUUCCCCAGUAGUCAGUUGGAUGUUGUCAUACUUGGCAGCCUUUCCGCGCGUUUUAUCACCCAUUUGGAUCGAUCAGUGAGCAUCUUACUGUAUUUGGAAAGUACUGUGAUGUGGGGCGAAAAGCUUUCGUUACACAGGCUGUAGGCAGCUUUGCUUUGAUGGGUUCCGACCCGUUGACUCUCACACCAUGUGAAUGUCAAUGUAGAUUAUCUCUCUGUAAUCAUUCAUUCUCAUUCUUGCGUGAGAGUAGCAGGGGAGGCAAAUUAGUGUAAAGCAAUACUUGCAUGGCAUUUCCACAGCUUUUUCUCGAUAUUUAGUCGCGUCUAAAGUUUACCCUUGCUUCAUCUCAUCGUCAGACUGUUUUGGGUCUGCUGUGAUUUUUGUCUCGGCGAUUUUGUUUGAAAUGCGCGUAUUCGGGUGUUUAUGAUUUCACCAUCAGGUUGUAUUGCAUCUUAUAUGCUUAUUGCGCAUUUGAAAGACUGGGGAACACUGAAUAUUCUGCAGUGGAUGUGUGGCGCGUCAAAGUGCUUAGCAAUAAACAAUUCUUUUGGAGUUGUAUCCAAGGGUGCAUUCUACUUAAUUGAUGAGACGAUCUGGUGCAUCUAUCGUCCCCAAGGCUCAUAUUGUCUACAGCCGUGUCUUUCUGGUUAUAUUCGCCUGUUCGGCUGAUGCUGGUUUCAUGCCUACUGCGUGUGCUGUUGUUUUUCAUGAAUUUCACUUGUUUGCUCUGUGUAUUUCUCUGUAAUUUCUGCGUUACUGUUUGCCGGAAAACGUUGUUUCUGUGAUUUUACAAGUUGAUGGAUUAAAUGUACCCUGCUCACCUCGCAAUGGCUUGCUUCGCUAUAGUAUCAGUGUGCUGUCUCCGUCUGUUGGUGGAGGAGGCUGUAUCAAAUCAAUGUGUGCCAUCAGCGAUAAAUUAUGACGUAUGUGGUGAUCUAAUCUACCACCUCGAGAUGUGUUUGAUUUGUUGAAAUUAUUUGUUUUGUUUUCUGUAACAACAAACACCG